AUGUCCAUCGGCUCGAUCGUCGGCCCAGCCAUUCACCCAGAUCUUGCCAGCGACUGCGGCCUGAUCUGGAACGGCAUGGGCGCCGCCGCAGCCUCGUCAGAACCGCAGCCCUCGCUCUACCACCACCCCCACCAGCAUAGCAUCCACGAGUCUGUCGAGGACACCCGCUUCUACACCACACCCGACACCUGUCCCUCACCCCUUUCUGACGGCCGCUCGACGCUCUCCAUCCCCUCGCAUUCGCGGUCGUCCGUCUGCUCGACCCCCGUGGCUGUCGUCGACGCAUACCCGGACGUCAACAUCAUCGAGUCUGAACUGACCUCCUCGCCGGUCCCCAUGCAUGCCAGUGUGCGCGGCUGGGACCACCCCGAAGGAAGCAGCAUGUCGCACAUGAUCCCGUUGUCGCUGAACGAGAGUCUUGUCCAGGCGGUAAGUUUGCUGUCGCGACAAAGCGCGAGAACUCUCUGCUAA